AUGGUUUCCCCUCUCUGGAAGGCUGCUUCAGAUGGUGACCUCCAAAAAGUCCUCGAAUAUCUCAGCGAGCCCUCUGCCGUUGAUAUAGAGCUCAAGGAUCAUACAGGCGCUACGCCUCUCAUCGAGGCCGUGAGGAACGGGCACAUCGAAGUCGUUCGCGUUCUGCUCGAGAAAGGCGCAGACCCUUCCAACUCGUCCAGCCAAGGGCGUCCAGAGAAUCACACCUCCGACCCUGCUAUUUUAGAGCUCCUUCACGCCGCUCAGAAUAAGCCAGCUCCGAACGGGAUCCCUUCUCCUCAGCCUGCCUAUCCUGCUGACGGCCAGGAAGACCCUGAAAAGCGCUUUUACGCGCCCCCGCCUGCAGAUACAUACAUGUAUUAUCCUACCAUUAAUCCCUCGUUGUCCACCGUCAACGAAUCUGGCGUUUUCUAUCCCUCACAUCCGCCAGCGGAUUCUGCGAACGGCAUGGGAAACCUCCCGCCCCCCGAUGUCGCCAGGUUGAUACCCUGUAGGUAUUUCCCUGCCUGUCGGUAUGGUGCGCAAUGUAUGUUUGCGCACCCUCAAACGCCUUACUUCCAGCCAGGUCCGAUGCCUCCAGUCCAAUACCCUCCUUUUGACCCAAUGGGUCAUCAAUACAUGCCCCAGUAUUACCCAUCACCCCCUCCCUUCCAGCAGUCACCUGCCGGUCAUCCUAUGUCCCCAAUGUCCCCACCUCCGGGACCGCCCAUGAUGCAUGCGCGUACUCCGUCCGAAGUCAUCUCUCCCUCGAUGGGCCACUUCAGCCCAAGUGGUCCCCCUCCUCCACCUAUCCCCUAUGGCCCUAUGUCGCCCCCAGUGUAUUCUCAUCCCGGUCAAGUUCCUAUUUCUAUGCCUCCGAUUUCUCCCCUACCCGCUUUGCAUCCUCAUGGCCCUCCCCCUCCCCCUCCUCACUCUGUUCCACAGCCUCCUUCUAACUUAUAUAAUUCGAAUUCUUCUGUACCACCUUUCUCUUUGCAUCAAGAUGCACCGGCUCCUUACCCUGUACCGGUUCCGCCGACUAACGCUAAUUAUCCUGAUGCCCCAAAUGGCGUCCGACCAGACAAUGCUCCAGUAGAAAAUUAUAAUGCUCAUUCCAACCACCGUGAAGGUGCUAAUAAUCACAGACGUGGUUCCGCCCGCCGACCAUCUUUCAGUUCUCGGAAACCACCUUGCCUAUUCUACCCUGCUGGAAGGUGCAAAAACGGUGAUGAUUGCCGAUUCCCUCAUGUACUCAAUGAAAGUGGAGCCGCGCCAGUCCAUUCUGGAUUCCCCGCUGCAAGAGGGGGCGCGCCCCGGCCUCGUCCUCAGGCAAAUGGGGUUAAUGGUGUGGCACAUGUGGAAGCCAGGCUUAAUAACAUGUCCAUCCAAGACCAAGAAACUCCUAGACAGAAGAAUGGGGCAGAAGGGUCGAGUCGAUCGCAUUCCAGUGAUGCUGGAAACCGGCCCAAGUUCCACCAAGGCUCUAAGCAUCCUAACACAGGUGCUAAUAACAAGAAGGCAGCGGCAGUUAGACAACAACAACAACAACAGCAGCAGCAGCAGCAGCGACAACAACGCGUUCCCAAUGCCGAUGAAUUCCCUGUCCUAGGCGGCUCUACAACUCCUACUCGCGUUCCAGGAGUAAAUGGUAUUGUAAACGGACACAGCGGCCCUACCGCUGCUCAAGUUUUGCAAGCCCCUCCACCUACUCGUAAGGAUGGCAGCAAGGAGUCCAGCACCCGCGGCGCAACUCCUGAUCCUGUUCGAGUCAAUGCCUCGAAAGAUAGCAAGCAAGAGUCUAGUACUCCUUUGGAAAACUCAACGAUUGCUCAAGAUCAACCUACCACCAGCAAUGUCGCUAAAGCUCCUGUUAUGACUUUUGCCGCUGCCGCCACCUCUGGUGCCAACGAGGUCUCCAAAGAGGUCUCUGUCUCCGCGUAA